AUGUCUAACGCAAAGGAGAUCCGUCAUGUUCAUAGGAUUCAAGCAUUUGCUAUCCCUGGAUCGGUCAUGUUGUCAGUUCUUGGAGGCGCCUUGUUUAAGCUCUGGAGAGGCAUCAUCAUUGUCCUGUUCUGCGCCAGUGUCGGAUCCCUUUGCUGCUACACCAUCUCGUGGUAUGUCUGCCACCCCAUCGUCGAGAAGUACCUCAAGAAGAGGAUCCAGCAGCUCUCCGUCAAGAUUGAAGCCAAGAGGGACGAGCUCUUCUUUUAUUUCGCCUUCUUGCGCGUUACGCCCUUCAUCCCCAACUGGUUCAUGAGCGUCGCUUCGCCUCACUUGGGCAUCCCCCCCGUCACCUUUUACUUUGGCACCCUCAUCGGAGUCCUCCCUAACACCCUCGUCACUGUCCAGGCUGGUGUGACCUUGGCGGCCUUGGCUUCGCCCGACGACUUUACGUUGUUGACGCCCCAGAACAUCAUCAUGACCAUUGUCAUCUGCAUCUGUCUCUUGAUGCCCAUCGUCCUCCACCACAACGCCGAGGAUCCUACCGCCGAUGCCCCCAAGCCUGCAUCCGACGAGGACGGCCUUGCUCAGGUUUAA